AUGAUGACGGCGCUGCGGAAGAACAGCUCCACGGAGGACACGUUCCUUCCGACGAACAGUCCGUCCGGCCUCAAGAAACACCGGAAAAAGAAGAAAUCGAUCGCCGAAGCUCAGUCGAAUCCGGUGUUCGUCAUCUCCGCGGAGCCGUCCGGACCCUCGCCGAGCACCUCUCCCAAGCCACACAAACGGAAGAAGCGGAGUUGGAGAGGGGAAAGUGCGGCGAGGAAACUGAGCGAAGCACUGCCGGCAGCACUCAGAAGUCCCACGCAGAUACUGAAACGGAGCAAAAAGCCACUGGGACCGAGUCUCAGCUGGGAUCCGGAGCACAGGAGUAGAUCCCCGUCGAUGACAAGGAGCAGGGUGCACUCGGAUGGAAGUUCAGAGACCGGAGUAGUUGUGGACGGGAAGAAGGAAGAGGAAGACGGAGGGAUCGUCGAGGAGCCGAGGUUCGAGCUGGAGCUCACUUGUGUGCAUUGCGCAAUGACCGCCGAUCACAGGAGGAGAAUGCUCAAGGUGGGUGAUUGAUAAAGUUAGAACUACGCUCCGAUGAACCAAAGUUUCGUUUGGUCGAAAAAUAGUUCUUUUUGUUUCGGACCGGAAAUUUGAUAAGUAUUUGCGUCAUUGGUCUUCUUCCAAUAAGUUCAAUGGAGCGUGGUUCCUCUGUCAUCCAAAUAACAUACUAGCCUUGCACUCAUUCAUAUUUUUGGAAGCUUUUUGUGUGCUCUGUGCAAGUACGAUCAGACAGAAUAAGCCUGACCUUUCGACAAGUUCGCCCAUCUCCCUAAAUCCACAGGAUUACGGAUAUCUUCCCCUCCCAGUCGUUCUUUUUUUUUCCUCUUUACUCAUAGUUUUCAGACGGAAAUCGAAAGUGCCGUCAUGCGUCUGGCUCGCCGUCUCGGCAACGGAAGAAGCGGUUGGCGGGACGAGAGUCCUUCCUCGUCGAACAAUUCGAAUCCGUCGAUGACAACCGUACACAGGCACACGAUCAGUUCGCAUCACAGAGGAACGACACCGGACAUCGUGGUCUCGUCGAUCAGUUCGGACGAGGAAGAUCACAGUGUGGACAGGUACACAAGCUCCGAACUUGGCAACUCGCUGCAGACGUCGGAGGCAAGGUGAGAACUCGCAUUCUGUUUUCGCGUUUCCGUCCGACUCCCAGUUGCGUGUUAUGCGAUAAUCACUCUCAAUCGAAUCACACAAAAUGCAACAUGAUAGAUGUGCUCUCCUUCUCUGCGCCCUCCUCCACGCCCGUGCUCUCUCGUCGCUCCGGCUCAAUGUCACAGCUCUUUUUAUUAUUUUCUGGUGCAGUGCCAGCCCGCAAACGGCUGUCGGUGGCCAACGGAUUAAUACUUUUUGAGGGGACAAAUCCCUGAAAGAAUUAAUCUCAAACAGAGCAUCGUCGAUGCGUCGGCUCGGAAAACGGAGGGGAGUCGCCCGUAAUCCGAAUCGACUGGGCUGCGGAGCGACGGGGGAAAAGGGCUAAAAGUGCACAAAAGUUCUCGGAAAUAAAUAGAGGGGAAGAAAGGGAUGAAUGAGAAAUCUUGGGGAAAGGUCGGGAAGAUGCAAAACGGCUUCUCGUAAACAAUUGAGCACAUUCAUUCUGUUGUUUUGUAUGCUCGAUCUAGAACUGCGAGAGCUGAAAGUUCAGACAUUCAAAAACAUGUGGUAGCACUAAAUAUAGAGCUCGACUCUAUAUUUAGCACUUCUACAUGUAAUCUAAAUAUUUGAAAAGGACCAGCCUCCUUCUCCUCCAAAUUUUCCUCUUUACAGCUCACCCGGCUCUUCGGCAUGCACCAGUCCAAACCUGGCUCGCAACGGAAAUGAGAUGACGUUCGACAGUCCGGGCUCCGAUCAGUUGACGCCCCCCUCGCCCCUCCGACUCCAACCGCCUUCUCUCCUGUCCCCCUACCCCGAUUCAGCUUCCCCUCCCCGCUCGAACUCUGUCGACUUGUCCACUCUUAGGAGGGACAUCGAACUGCUUUCCGUCUCUUCCGGAGACUCGGACAUCGCUUCCGACACUGACUUUGAACCGCCCACGCCGGCCGAAUCUGUCCGAACGUUUCGAUCCAAAAGCCACGAUCCAACAACCAGCGAUUCGGUGCUAAGACGGCCCAGUCGAAUCAUACACCUUUCUGAACUUUUCAGGCUUAGAACACUAUUCAUUACAAAGAGUUGAACAUCAUUUUUUCAGAAAAGCGCUUGCGAAAUCGCCUGUUGUUCGGAGGACUGCUGCUGAUCAGGAGACGAACAAUCCGGUGAACAAGCAUCGGAGUAGUCGGUACUGGAUUGAGGACGAUGUGAGUUUGUUUCGCGAGCUGUUAAAGUCAUGGACCCUUAAACUGCCCACUGUUUUGCCCCUUGGUCACACAAUUGACCGUUAUUCCUACAUUGUGAACAGGAUUCGGAGAACAAUAGAUUUAUGUCAGAGGAAAAGACAACUGGCUUCAAAAACCUCCGCACCAUAUCUUACGAAACGAUGUGCGUUUCGUGGCGGGCGUCUCCGAAAUCGAAUAGUUACAUAUAAAGUAAAAUACAAUGAUGAUCGCCGCAUGAGUAGUUACUCAAGAAAAUAAUAAAUAGGUUAAGGGCACAAACAGUGUGCAGUUUAAGGGUUCAUCACUUUAACAGCUCGCGAAAGUUUGGAAAUAUAGAAACAGUAUCGGGAAACACGAAAUGUGGGGCUUUGCAGGGCGACUACCACAUCCUCCCUUCCGAGCACGUGUGGCUGCCGUCUGCUGCAGGAUCUUCCGCUUCGGCCGAUUCGGAGUGUUACGUGGGAGAGAAGGAUUGUCGGAGAUCCGGAGAGAAGAGGCGUUGUGCCGCGUGUCACAUCGUCGCUCACACCAACUGUUUCUCACUUUUGGCCAAAUUGAACCUGAAUUGCAAGACCACUUUCCGAGACUAUGCGACAAAGAAGACGCCUUCGAAAGAAAGCACGGACGGUUUGACCGCCCAUCACUGGGUGCACAAGUGGCGCCACGAGGGACGGUGCAACACGUGCGGGAAGUCAUUCCAGCAGAAGAUGUUUUUUCAAGGCAAGGAGAAGAAGGAGACGAUUGCGGUGACGUGCUCCUGGUGCAAGGAAUCCUAUCAUUUGAAGAACUGCUUUGCACGGGACAAGCUCGAAGAACGGUGUCAUCGGGGAGCGCUCAAAGAGAUGAUAGUGCCGCCCACGUGGAUUCUGAGGCUAGCCAACAGAAAGAGAAGUAGUCGGGCACCAUCGCACCCGAGAAAACACAAAAAGUCGCACAGGCAGUUUGUGGUGAAACCGACCGACUUGUGGUCGAGUGGGCCCUCGCAACCUCUGCUGGUUUUUGUGAAUCCGAAAUCGGGAGGAAACAAGGGAUCGAAAGCACUUCAUACUCUCUGCUGGCUUCUGAAUCCGCGACAAGUGUUCGAUAUAACUUCACUGAAAGGACCAAAGUUCGGGUUGGAAAUGUUUCGGAAAGUGGUCACGCAGCUGAGAAUCCUAGUGUGCGGAGGAGACGGAACCGUCGGAUGGGUUCUUUCCACUCUGGAUAACGUGAGAGUAAACCAAUUUUCACUAGUUUAUGCAUCAUUUUCAGCUGAACUGGCCCGCGUAUCCUCCGAUGGCCAUAAUGCCGCUGGGAACUGGAAACGAUUUGGCGAGGUGCAUGGGAUGGGGAGGAGUGUUCUCCGACGAGCCGAUGAGCCAGCUGAUGCAGGCGAUUCUGCACGAGACGACAGUCACACAUCUUGAUAGGUAAGGCUUUUCUUUUUUCGUUCAUUGUAUAAACGGCGUUGUCCUUCAAUUCAUUAUUAAAUUUAAAAGAAGAAGAGAAUCAAAAGGAAUUCCAGAUGGCGGAUUGACGUGGAGCCGAACACGAUGUGCAAUUUGGAGGACGAGGACGACGGAAUGCAGUCGGCUCUUCCGUUGACAGUCAUGAACAACUACUUCUCAAUCGGGGCAGAUGCUCACGUGGCACUGCAAUUCCAUCAUUCUAGAAGUGAGAUCAAUGUGAACAUUAGUCUUUUAUCAAACACUUUCAGGCGCCAAUCCGCAAAUGCUCAACUCUCGUCUCAAGAACCGAAUCGCAUAUGGAGGACUUGGUACAAUCGAUUUGUUCAAGAGAUCAUGGAAAGAUCUAUCGGACUACAUAACUCUGGAAUGUGAUGGAGUGGAUGUGACACCCAGGAUCAAAGAGCUCAAAUUGCACUGCAUUCUGUUUCAUAACAUCAAUUACUACGCGGGAGGAACGAUCCCAUGGGGCGAAUCUUCCGACUCCAAACCGAGUUGUUGCGAUGGAAAAGUGGAGGUGCUCGGGUUCACCACUGCUACUCUGGUACGGUAUUCCGAUUGUCUGUAAGGAUAACUUUUGUUUUUCUAGGCUGCGUUGCAAAUGGGAGGGAAGGGAGAGAGAAUCGCACAGUGCUCAGUGGUGAAAGUGACGACGAAUAAGGCAAUUCCGAUGCAGGUCCGUGAAUUGAACAGUUCAAUAACUGCAAACAAGAAAGAGUUCAGGUCGACGGAGAGCCGUGUCUUCUGGCCCCUUCGAUCAUCACUCUUGGAUUUCACAGCAAAGUUCCGAUGCUGAAAAGAGAGAAAAAGACGCCGUGCACUCCGAAUCUGAUGAGAAGGGGCACGAGAUACGGUCAGAAGGACUCGCAGGUUCAGUCCACUUCGCUCAUCAUCCAGCUGCCGGUCAUUGUGGUCGGAAGAGCUGACUAUGAUACGUAUAAGGACUGCUUUGAGAGGCUCAAAGACACUGGUGAGUUUGGACAUAGUCUAUGAUUGACAUUCUCAAUUUUCAGCCUAUGAAAUUGGAAUAGUGAAUGUUGAGUCGGAAGCUGAGCUCGAUUCAGCUCGUGUGCUCAUUCAGCGUCUGCUCGUGGAGCACAACUCUCUACCCUAUGAGCCCGACAAGAAUUGGAGAUUCCUCGACUGUGAGACUUCUGCAAACCCUCCAAAACUGAGCCAAUUCAUUUCAGACGUCUCAAAUGCGGAGGAGGGGACGUUUCGAGUGUCCCGGCAGCAGGAGCACGUGCAGAGCGUCAGUGAUGUCUGCAAUACCGACGAAUGUUUGCUCAUUCUCGAUCACGCUUUUCCGUCGAUCACAGACCGGGAAGCCGUCGAACUCUUUCAGAAUCAGCCGGCUCCGUGAGUCAUCGUUCCCUCUGAUCCAUCCGAUCAUCGUCGUUUUCGUUUUCAGAUCAGCAACGGCUUCUUCCAGCGCUCCCCGCUAUCACAACUCGCGUCGCAUUUCCGAAACGCUGCGGAUCGUUCUCAGCUCGGACGCCCAAGAGACUCAUUUGUAG